AAUAUUUUUUAAUACCAAAAUUUAGAAUUGGAAUAAUUUGGCAAAAACUUGGAAAUACUAAAAAGAGCGAUAAUAUUUUAAUAUCACAUCUUCGUCUUUAUAAAAAAAAACAAUUUCUAUAUGAUGCAUCUUAUACUCAAGAAUAUGAUACUCCAAUAAUUUGGUGGAAUAGUAUUGAAUCUAAACCAAA